AUGUCCUGGCGCAAUCAAGGCAUCACCGGCUCCAACAACAUCCCCCUCGGCACUCGUCGCAGGUUUGGCGGCGACACGACGCCUUCCGAAGACAAGGAUGGCUACGACCCCUCUGCACCCGCCACCGGCCUUUCUGACCUGAAGCGCGGCCGUAGCCCUGUUCGCGAGCUCAACCCCGAUGGCACCCGCAAGCGCAAGAAGCGCAACCGCUGGGGCGAUGCAUCCGACAACAAGGCCGCUGGCCUCAUGGGUCUUACCACCGCCAUUACCGCCCAUAUGACCGCCGAGCAGCUGGAAGCCUACACCCUGCACCUGCGCAUUGAGGAGAUCAGCCAGAAGCUGAGGAUCAACGACGUGGUCCCGGCUGACGGUGAUAGGUCGCCUUCGCCUCCCCCGCAAUAUGACAACUUUGGUCGUCGUGUCAACACCCGCGAAUACCGUUACCGCAAGAAGUUGGAGGAUGAACGCCACAAGCUCAUCGAGAAGGCGAUGAAAGUCAUCCCUAACUACCAUCCUCCUUCUGACUACAGGCGCCCAACCAAGACCCAGGAGAAGGUCUACGUCCCAGUCAAUGACUACCCGGAGAUUAACUUCAUCGGACUACUCAUCGGACCCCGUGGAAACACCUUGAAGAAGAUGGAGGCCGAGUCUGGUGCCAAGAUUGCCAUCCGUGGCAAGGGCUCCGUCAAGGAGGGCAAGGGCCGCUCCGAUGCCGCUCACACCAGCAACCAGGAGGAGGAUCUUCACUGCCUGAUCAUGGCCGACACCGAGGAGAAGGUCAACAAGGCCAAGAAGCUGAUCCACAACAUCAUCGAAACUGCUGCUUCGAUCCCCGAAGGCCAGAACGAGCUCAAGCGCAACCAGCUGCGUGAGCUGGCUGCUCUCAACGGUACCCUUCGUGACGAUGAGAACCAGGCUUGCCAGAACUGCGGUCAAAUCGGCCACCGCAAGUACGAUUGUCCCGAACAGCGCAACUUCACAGCCAACAUCAUCUGUCGUGUCUGCGGUAACGCUGGUCACAUGGCUCGUGAUUGUCCCGACCGCCAGCGCGGCGCUAGCUGGCGUAACAGCGACCGUGCCGGCGCCAGCGCUAGGAUUGGUGGUGGCGACGGCAUGGAUCGCGAGUACGAAUCCCUCAUGGCUGAGCUUGGCAGCAGCGCGCCCCAGCAUCGCAUUGAGGCUGGUCCCGGCGCCUAUGAGGGCAACAAUGAUAGCUACGGUGGUGGUGAUCGCGGUGAUGUGAGGCCCUGGCAGCGUGGCCCGACCGGUGCGGCUGCUCCUUGGCGCCAGCCUCGUGAGGAUCGUGAGCGCGGCGAUAGCGGCUCUGCUCCUCCGCCGUGGGCCAAUGGUGGCGGUCGCGGCGGCAACUCGGACAGCUAUGGUGGAUAUGGGCAGAGCGGUUAUGGCGCCCCUCCGGCUCCAGGUGCUGCUCCCUGGCAACAGGCAUCAGCUGGCGCUCCCCCGCCACCUCCAGGCGGCCAGCCUUGGGGUUACGGUUAUCCUGGUGGUUAUGACCAGAGCUCGGGCUACGGCCAGCCUCCUAUGGGCGCACCCCCGGGCCUGGCUCCUCCUCCUGGCAUGCCUCCCAUACUCUCUGGGUUCCCUGGUGCUGGUAGCCCUCCGCCACCCCCUCCUCCUGGUGACGCUCCACCGCCGCCCCCUCCCAGCGACCAGCCCCCGCCGCCUCCUCCUGGCGCCUAA